AUGCUUUGUUCCACUACCACCGCUCAAAUCUUUGCCUUCUUGGCCCUCACGGCCUCUACCCUCGCCGUACCCCUCACUAGCAAUGAUGGCCUCGUCACCGACUACAAAGUAUGGGCUGCAGAAAAGGGAGUCAUAACUACUCGCGAAGAAGGCCUCCAGAAGCGUGCGGGUGGUCUCUAUGCCUGUAAUGCUCCCAAUUUCAGCAACAGUGAAGGUUGUGUUCUCCUCCAUCCUGUUAUCGGCCAAUGCAGCAGCUUCCCCAAUGGAUUCAUCGACAGAGUCUCUAGCAUUGGACCGGAUUCAGACUUGAUUUGUACUCUGUUUGAGUAGGUUCCUUGAUGUCACCUGUCCUUCACUAGGCUUGAGUUAAUCGCAGGCUUCAAAAUGCUGACCCAUCCUAGCAACUCGAGCUGCCAAAGAAACCAACCACAACUGGACAAUGUCGUUUCACCUGGUUUCCAAAGAUUGCAUGAUAUCGGAUAUCCGGGCGGUACCUGGGAGGACAGACUUGCCAGCUACAUAUGUUUCAGAAAUUAG